ACUUUUAUUCUUUUCCCAAUGCAGCCGAAGGAUUGGUUCGUUUGGACGGGCGGACAAUAGCACACGUUGGGCUGGUUUAUUUCAAGCAGUCACUCCCAACAAGACUGCGGUUUGCUUGCCGGUAUCCCAUUGAGAGCGGGGCACUCAAAGUAGCUUCGAGUAGACUAUCAAAACUCCAAGAACACCGCAAUCCAAGGGUCGAUCCACACGGAAUUCAAGUGCCACCCACAAUGCCCGACCCCAUCCUCCUCCUCGGCAUCUCCGGCCCCUCCUCCUCGGGCAAAACCACCCUCUCCCGCCUCCUCCGCGACGCCUUCCCCCCCAACCAACUCACCAUCCUGCACCUCGACGACUUCUACCUCACCGACGCCGAAAUUCCCGUCAAGAACGGCAUCCAGGACUGGGACUGCAUAGAUUCGCUCAAUCUCCCCCAGCUGCAGCAGACGCUCGCCUACAUCAAAGAGCACGGCAGGUCACCCCCGGAUUUCGUGUCCAAGGAAGACCAGAACAGCGUAGGCGAGCACGGCGUUGGUCCGGACGCUGUGGAGAAUGCAAAGGUGAGGAUAGAAAAAGUGGUCAAGGAGGUGAGCUGGAAGAGGCGGAUCUGUGUGGUGGAUGGGUUCCUGCUGUUCAGCGACGACAUGAAGGCAGUGCGGGAGCUGUUUGAUGUCAGGAUGUUUCUGAGGACGAGCUACGCAACUGCGAAGAGGAGGCGCGAGGCGAGAAGUGGCUACGUCACGCUCGAGGGGUUCUGGGAGGACCCUCCGGGCUAUGUGGAUACCAUCGUGUGGCCGAACUAUGUGCAUGAUCACAAGUUCCUGUUCGUUGAUGAAGACGUCGAGAAGGAGCUGGACGAAAGCGUGUGCCGGAGGAUAGGGCUCGAGGGAAUGCCACGAGACGCAGAGGAGAACAUGGAGAGGUGCUUGGAGUGGGCAGUAGGCGUGCUCGAGAAAGUCAUUAGAGGCGAGGGUCCCAAGUCGUGAGAGGAUGCAUAUGAUGAUGUCGCGGGGAGUGUUACGUGUAGAUAGAGGAUUAGAACUAAGGUCAUUUCUUUCUGUUC